AUGGCUCCUUUCAUCUCCUCAGGAGACAUCUUGUUGUUUGUGGAUGUUCUUGCUGUGGAACAGUGUUCAGCGCAGACGACUGUCUCUGAAAGCGAGCAGAUCUUCAGUGAAGUGCUGUGCUCCGUUCAGAAAACAAGCGUCCGCGUGAAAGAGCUGAUCGCAGAGCGACAGAGAUAUGAACUCAGUCGCAUUGAAGGACUUCAGGAGAAAGUCCAGCAGAAGAUCUCUGACCUCAGGAUGAAGGUGUCUGAGCUCGAUCAGUUCUUGACCACUGAAGACCACAUUCACUUUCUGCAGAAUUACCCAGAAUGCAUGUCUGAAGAAUUUGAAGAUCUUUCCAACAUUUCUGAAAAUCCAAAAGCAUUUUUUUGCAAUGUGGAGCUGCUGCUUUCUGAAAUGCAAGAGCGUUUGCUGGAUGUCACCAAAGAGACGGAGAUCAAGAUCAAAUCUGGAGAAGUUGUGCCUCCUAAAGCCGAUGCACCUGUGUCAUCAUCGUUUAUAGAUUUUGCCAAAAAAGAUGGGGAUUGGGACUGUGAAGUCUGCCUGGUGAAAAAUAAAGGCAUGUCUAGCCAUUGUGUCGCCUGCCAGACGUCCAACCCAGAUAUGAAAAGCAAAAGCACUUCUGCACCGGCAUUUAAGUUUGGUUUUGGUAGUUCUCCCAACCAACCUGCUACAGCAGGACCUCUAAAUGCAGGUUUUAAUCAGAGUAAGGAGAAAGCAUCUAUCUUCGGCGCUAAUCGCUCCACUGGUAGAUUCACAUUUGGCAGCAGGCCUUAAUCUGUUCUCGAAUAUGAUUGAAAGACAGAAUGGCUCAUGCAGAUGAACUUACUGUCUUUAAUUCUCCUCUGAUACGCCUCCCUUCAUUGUCAAUCACCACUGAUAACAUAAAGGUGUUGUUUGUUCUCGCCCGUGUGAUUGUGAAACCGCCUGCUUUCA